CAGGUGAUAGUUGAAGCUCGCGCUUAUAGCGAGUAGCCUACAGACUAGACAACUCUACAGUUCAGAGUACCUAGCAUGUGUGAACGUGUUGUAUGUGUGUGUUAGGGGCGUGUGUGUGUGUGUGUCUGUAUAUUUCUCUGCUCACUUUAUCUUCAAGUGUCUCCCGCAAACAAAAUUAAAGGAUUUUAUUCGAUAAAGCCUCAGCAUCCCUGGAAGUCGCAUAUCAACAUUGGAACACCUGAGAGCUGAUGCUUCCCACCAUCACCAUGGAAACGGAGGCCAGUCACAUGCUGGAGGCAGCACUGGAGCAGAUGGAUGACAUCAUCGCAGGUUCGAAAGCAGCAGCGGUGGAGUUUUCUAACAGCAUGUAUGACCAGAGUUCUCCCAUCAGCGCUGGUCCUCUGCAGGUCGUUCAGCUAGCUGAGGACCUCAAACUUGCCUUGGAGCUCCAACCCAAUCAGGAUCAGAGAGAAAGUCUCAGAGCACAAUUACCUACAGAAACAGCACAUAUUCUCAUAGACUGGCUACAGAGUGGAACUGUAAACCUGUGUGUUCCAGCCAACAAUGAAACCUACCAAGAACGACUGCUUCGCCUAGAAGGAGACAAGGAGUCUCUGGUGCUACAGGUGAGCAUUCUGACCGACCAGGUGGAGGCCCAGGGAGAGAAGAUCAGAGACUUACAGAGUUCUCUGGAGGAACACCGGCAGAAACUAGCCUCUACAGAGGAGAUGCUGCAACAGGAGCUGAUGAGCAAGACCUCUCUAGAGACUCAGAAGCUGGAUCUGAUGGACGAAGUGUCCUACCUUAAACUGAAGCUGGUCAGCAUGGAGGAGCCACAAACCAACACGCACCCACAAAGUCCUGUGAACACAGAGCAGAACAAAGCCGAGUGUGUGGUAAAUCUCAUCAGUGAGCUUCAGGAGCAGAUGUGCAGGUUUCAGGAGGAGAUCAGCACUCGUAUUCUGGAAAAACGGGCUCUGGAGGAAAGGGAGGCCCAGCAGGGGGAACCCGGAGGCAGCCAAACCCCAGGCCACGGCCCUCAGGUUGGGUUAGCCAGCUCAGACCUGGGCCCGUCUGGCUCUGAUGCCCGGAUGCACAAUGGAGGACAGACUGUACAUGAUUUGUUACAAGAAAUGAAGCAUCUGAAAAGCAAAGUGGAGGAGCUGGAGCAAGAGAAGGGCCAGUAUGAGAGGAAACUAAGAGCUACCAAGCUCUCUAUCUCUUACUCUCUCCAUGUGUGUUACCAGUCGCUCAUGACCCAGCUGUCCAGCCUCAAGCUGACUGUGGAGCACACACAGCUGGAGAAGCAGCACUGGGAGGAGCGCUGGCGCAGCACCCAGGCAGAAAUAUCAGAGCUGCAGCAGCUCCUGGCCUCCAAAGACACUGAGAUCGAAUGCCUGCAGACCCAGUUGCUGGCCAGAGGCGGCACAGCCAAUGACAACACAGAGAGAGAGGAGCUGUAUAUCAAGCAUCUGAUUAACAAAUACCAUGAAUACCAGAGGCUGAAGGUGGGGAUGGAGUCUUUGUUGGCUUCAAAUGAUGAAAAGGAUCGGCGUAUAGAGGAGCUGACCAUUCUGCUUGGCCAGUACAGAAAGAUGAGGGAAGUCAUGGCACUCACACAGGGGAGUAGUGAAGAGGAGCUGAGUGGCAGUUUAAGACUCCGAGCCAUCACACACAAAGCACACUCUGACAUUGUCAGAUCAGAGAGGUCAUCAAGAGGGUCUUCUCCGCUUAUGCUACUUGCAUCUCCUUACCAGAGAGAUUUGGACUCCAGUAUCCAGAACUCUAUGGACACAUCACUGCUGUCCACUGGGGAUACAAGCUUCUUUAAUGGACCAUGGCAUCAGCACAGGUUAUUGUCCAGCAGUCUUGAAGAGUUGCAGAGUGGAUCCUUACAAAAGGCUGUAGAGAUCCUACCAAUUGAAACUGAAUCAGACACAAGGGCAGAGAAUUCUCACAUGGAGCUGAGCAAGUACCAGACUUUGCCGGGGAAACUAAAAAGUAAAAAGAGCAAGCCGAUGGCCGAGCUGAACGGCCACAGACAGAGAGAUGGAGAGAGUUUAUCUCCGGUCCAGCCUUCUCCUGUCCACGGCCGGGACUACACUCUCAUUCGCUGCAGGAGUGCCAGUGCUCCGGCUUUAGGAUCCCCUGGAAAACAUGACCUCUAUAAUGUUGGGCAUCCAGAAAAGCUAGAGGAGUGUGUUCUGUCAGACCAGUCCCCCCUGUCAUCUGGAGUGGACUCUGGACAGCAGUCCCCUGUCUCACCAGAGAAUAGGAAGAGUCAAAGAGGCAUUAAGAAACUCUGGGGGAAGAUCCGUCGCAGUCAGUCAGGCAGUCCUGCCCAGGUUCACUACUCUGAGCUGGGAGAGUUCAAGAGGGGAGGUUUCAGAGCUACAGCUGGACCAAGAUUGGCCCGUCCAGGGACCACACGAGAUCUGAAGAUGCCUUUUUGUAAGUGGAGCACAGAGCAGGUGUGUGACUGGCUUGAGGAAAUUGGACUUGGUCAGUACAGCAUUCUUGCUUGCCAAUGGGUUACCAGCGGUGAUACUCUACUGUCGGCCACCCAGCAAGACCUAGAAAAGGAGCUGGCGAUGAAGAAUCCGCUCCACAGGAAGAAGCUCCUAUUAGCCAUCAAGACGUUCAGCAGCAAGAAGUCUGAGAAGUCUGCAGAGCUGGAUUACAUCUGGGUCACUCGUUGGCUUGAUGACAUUGGACUUCCUCAAUACAAAGACCAAUUUAAUGAAGGAAGAGUGGAUGGGCAGAUGCUGCAAUACCUCACUGUGAACGACCUGUUAUUUCUUAAAGUGAGCAGUCAGCUGCAUCACCUCAGCAUCAAGUGCGCCAUUCAUGUUCUCCAUGUCAACAAGUUUAACUCCAACUGCCUCAAACGCAGGCCUGGAAAUGAGAACCACUUCAGUCCCAGUGAUGUGAUUCAGUGGUCCAACCACCGAGUCAUGGAGUGGCUGAGAUCUGUGGAUCUGGCAGAGUAUGCACCAAACCUGAGGGGCAGUGGAGUGCACGGAGGGCUGGUAAUGCUGGAACCUCGGUUUAACUCAGACACGCUUGCCAUGCUGCUGAACAUCCCUACUCAGAAAACACUGCUGAGACGCCACCUAGCCACUAACUUCAACAGCCUUGUGGGAGCACAAGCUCAUCAGGAGAAGAAGGAGUACACUGAUGCUGUGGGGUACACCCCCCUCAGCAUCACAGCUAAAGUCAAGCCAAAGAAGUUGGGCUUCUCUAACUUGACUCACCUCAGAAGGAGGCGGGCGGAUGAAUCCACAGACUACGUCUGUCCAAUCGAGUCAUCUUCACCUCAGUCAGGAGGACAGUCUGCAGUGAAUGGGGUGCAGGUGCGGCCCUACGCCGGCUUCAGAGGCCUGAGCCCAAUCCUGGACAGAGAGCCCGACCGCCCCAGGGACCAGAUGGCGAUCACAGAGGGUACAAUGAUGCAAAUAGAAGCUCUGUCUGAAAGCUUCAACAACCUCACAUACCUGUUCAGCCGAGACGAGCCACGGAAGGAGCUGAGGCACUCUCAGAAAAGGCUAGUUUGAAGGACAAUGACCCGGCACUGUUGGCACUCUAUGCCAAUCAACCACAGAGACUUUCAGCAACCAAUCAGAAACCUGCACUAUAUCUCAAGCCACAGCCUAACACUGCAGCGUGGAGCUCCUUCUACUAGCCGCUGAUACCUCAUGUAACACCUACUGUCACCCUGAAGUCACAAUGGAGUGGACUCACACAAUGUGGAAAACAAUCAUCAUAUGUUGCUUCUAAAUAUAUAUUUAUUUUAAAUUUCUACAAUAAUUAACUGAACUUUAGUUUUAGGGGAUUUCCUUUUUUUUAACUGCUUUUGCUUUUUUUGUUUCUAUUAAAUGCUCAUAUUAACAACUGUGCACUGUGUAUACUGUUAUGGUGUGCUAUGUCAAAGGGGAGAACAGGGCCACAUUAGUAAUUUCUUAUUCUAAUGGUCAUCAUAUGAUAUGUAAAGUUUAAUACAUUUUUGAUGGAGUAUGUGAUGUAAAAGUGCCCAAAACUGUAA